GGCAAAGUAUACAUAGAAAGGUCAACAAUAUUCAAAACCAACAAGUACACACAAAUAAUACAGCACUAAUUGAACCCCAUCAAUCACACAUAAAUAACUGCAUGUCAAUAGCCAUUUGACUGAUUUUUAAUUACUAGGUCUUUUGUGACAAUUAUUAACUUGUUGCACUAAUUGCACCACUUCAUUAGUUGGAAAAUUGUGCAUAUAAAAAUACAUAGAGAUAGUGCCAUACAUCUCUCACUACUUCAAGCAUAACUAUCUAACUCCAAGCAAAAAAAGAAAGAAAAAAAAAUCUUAGUAUCCCAAAAGAGAGUAUUAUACUAAUUAGAUAUAUUUUUUUUUUGGUUGUGUGAAAAUGACUAAUAUAGUGAAAAUCUCAAUAGGUUUUGCUAUUUUUGGUCUAAUCUCGACGAUAAUGGAAACUCACGCAGAAGCGAGAGCGUUCUUUGUGUUCGGAGACUCGUUGGUCGACAACGGCAACAACAACUACUUAGUCACCACGGCUAGGGCGGAUGCUUAUCCAUACGGCAUAGACUACCCCUCUCACCAAGCCACCGGCCGUUUCUCUAACGGACUUAAUAUCCCCGAUAUUAUCAGUGAGAGUAUGGGUUGGGAACCCACAUUACCAUACUUGAGCCCACAACUUGUGGAGCAGAAACUUCUUAUUGGUGCUAACUUUGCUUCUGCUGGUGUUGGUGUACUUAAUGAUACUGGGAUUCAAUUUGUUAAUAUAAUAAGGAUAUAUCAACAGCUGAAUUAUUUUGAGGAAUACAAGCAAAGAGUGAGUGAACUCAUUGGAGAAGAUGAAACUCAGAAACUUGUGAAAGAAUCUUUGGUUCUUAUUACUUUGGGUGGAAAUGAUUUUGUCAAUAAUUACUUUUUAGUCCCUUACUCCGCAAGAUCUCGACAGUACUCCCUCCCUAAAUAUGUGCCCUUUGUCAUUUCUGAAUACAAGAAAGUUUUAAAGAGGCUGUACAAACUUGGAUUCCGCCGAGUUAUAGUGACGGGAACGGGGCCGCUAGGGUGUGUGCCGGCCGAAUUAGCGCAACACAGUACGGACGGCGAAUGCGCGAAAGAACUGCAGAAGGCUGCAUCACUCUUUAACCCUCAACUGGAUAAAAUGCUUAAACAACUUAACCAUGGUUUAGGCAAAGAUGUUUUCAUUGCAGCUAAUACUAAUCUCAUGCACAUGGACUUCAUUGCCAAUCCUACACGUUUUGGAUUUGUAACAUCGAAGAUAGCUUGUUGUGGACAAGGACCGUAUAACGGGUUGGGCCUUUGCACUCCGCUAUCGAAUUUGUGCCCAAAUCGGGAUCUAUACGCGUUUUGGGAUCCGUUUCAUCCAUCUGAAAAGGCGAAUCGAAUGAUAGUCCAACAGAUGUUGACCGGGUCAAAUCUUUAUAUGCACCCGAUGAACCUUAGCACAAUCAUGGCUAUGGAUUCAAGGGCUUAAAAGCUCAAAUCCAGUGAAGAGCUUCUCUAUGCAGGAAUCUAAGCCCAAGUCAAGAGUUUAUUUACCUUUUUUAAUUGCAAAAUUUGUUGAAUUCCCAAAUUGUAUUUUCUUUUGUGUGUCUUAAAAUAUUUGUAGUCAUGUGGUGAUGAUGUCUUGUGUCUUUGUAAGGAUCUAAUUGAUCAAUUUCAUCAAUAAAAUAAUAAAUAAAACUUAUAGUUGCUCUUAUAA